AUGGGCGUGGGAUCAAACGCCCUCCCAUCCUGUCGGUGCACAGCUUUUGCCGAGCCUCUUCGCACGCCACGCCCCCGGAACACCGGUCCAGAGGACCUGGUGCCUCGCAAGGAGUCUCUGGCUCAUGGCUUCGAACUCCUGUUCCUGCGAAAACUUAGGAGAAAACAUUGCAAAACCGGCUGCUGGAGCCAUGUCCGCAGAGGAUAUGUCUCGUGCCGUGAACCUGACCCGAGCUUCCCGGGGCAGUUGCGUCGCCGCCGCUAAAGUUCGUGGCGAGCGCUGAGCCUGCUGGUGUUGCUCGCUGCGGUAUUGCGCCCUGUGUUGCCUGCCCUGCGGGCCCGCACCUGCACCACACUCUCCACCUCCUCCAGAGUGCCGGGGAACAAGGAGAACCGCAAAGCCAAGGGCGGAGUGAGAAUGGCUUGCGUUGGGGCUGGACUGACAGCCGCCCCUCGACCCCACCUCAACCACACCCUCAACCCAGCCUCAGUCACCAGGAUUGACUUGAGUAACAACAACUUGACGAGUCUUCCUGACCUCGCCUUCAAGGACUACCCAGCACUCGACUACCUGAAGGUGUCGGGCAACAGGAUAAGCAGCGUGUCUCCCAAAGCAUUCUACCGUUUACCUCUCCAUAGCCUGUACCUGGAUAACAACCACCUCUCCGGGCUGCUGACGGGGUCGCUGCCGGAGGACUUGCUUGAACUCUCACUGGAGGACAAUUUCUUCAGCAGUGUGCCUCCCAGCCUCUCUCAGCUGGUACAGCUGCAGUUUUUGAACCUGGCCAGAAAUAAGGUGUCCGUGCUGCGCGUCGGCGACCUGAGCGGCUUGCGCAGUCUGACAUCUUUGUAUCUCCACCAGAACAAGAUAACCGAGAUAGAGAGUGCGGCCCUAGAGACACUUUCUCAGCUGCAAGUCUUGGAUCUUGCGGAUAAUCGUCUGCUGAAAGUGCCAGAGGCUGUUCUUCGGUGUCUCCAGCUCACCCGCCUGUUCUUGGGUAACAACCAGCUUACCUACAUAGGGGAAGGAGCCUUCAGAAACCUGACACGCCUCAAGCAGGUGAUCCUUCAGGGGAACCCACUCCUGACGGUCCAUAGAAACGCCUUCGCCCACCUGCCUUCUCUCACCAAGCUCAUCCUGAAGGAGACACGGGAGAUGAGAGAGUUCCCAUCCCUGAACGGCACCCACAGACUAGAGAUGCUGAGGAUAGACCGAGCCUCUCUAACCUCGGUCCCGGACCACCUCUGCUCCCUCACCCCCAGGCUCAGGAGUCUGAAUCUUCACCUCAACUCUAUCACUGACAUCCCUCUGCUGGAAGGCUGCCACCACCUCAAACUACUUGACUUGAGUGACAAUGCCAUCAGCAGCUUGGGUCAUGGGAGGCUGCAAGGAGCGCCCUUCCUGCAGGAUUUACUCCUUCAACACAACAAGAUUACUCACGUCCCAGCUGAUGCCUUCCUCGGCCUCUCCCACCUGCAGGUCCUGGCGCUGCAGCAGAACCAGAUCGUUCAUAUCGAAGAAGACGCCUUCCUUCCUCUAGUUAGCCUCGAGGACAUCAACCUGGGUGACAACGUGUUCCCUCAGCUGCCAGGGCGGGGUCUGAAACACGUGCUCUCCAUCAAGGUCCACAACAACCCUUACCUCAGAGUCUUCCCAGGACCUGAACACUUCCCUCACGUGCGCACCCUGACCCUCUCUUACGCAUACCACUGCUGCCCCUUCCUCAGCUUGGAGAUGGACGGGUGGGAGGAGGGCGAGGAGACCACCACCAUCAGCGAGGUAGUCGUCUUCAACGUGUCUCAAUUCCAGGACAUCCAUCCAGCGCUAUGGAACACCUCCAGUCACUGGAAUCCAGAGGAAAUCUUGGCUAAGUUUGGGUCGGUGUGGGAUAACCUGGCAAGUGCCUUCUCUCUAGCCAACACCACCACCAUCGCCACCACCAUCGCUUCCACCACCACCGACACUACGGUUUCCACCUCCACCAGCACCGCCGGCAAGGUCGUCAGAAGCGGCUCAUCCUCGACCCUGAGGUGGUCAGGUCAACCUCGCUCCCAGCAGCUGCUGCAAGUGACGCCUUCCUCACUCCGAAUGCGACCUCAGUGCAUCCCUCUACCAGGGCCGUUCAUGCCGUGCCGUGACUUGUUUGACUGGUGGACACUGCGCUGCGGUGUGUGGAUCGUCUUCCUGCUGGCGCUGAUGGGGAAUGGAGUGGUGGUGGUGGUGCUGGUGGCUGCCUAUGCCAAGAUGGAUGUUCCUCGCUUCCUCGUCACCAAUCUCGCCAUGGCAGACUUCUUCAUGGGCGUUUAUUUGGGGUUCCUGGCUGUGGCUGACGCCUCCACCCUCGGGGAGUUCCGCAUGUAUGCCAUUCCAUGGCAGAUGUCGCCGGCAUGCCAGGUGGCUGGGUUCCUGGGGGUGUUGAGCUCGGAGCUCUCUGUCUACACUCUGGCUGUCAUCACCAUGGAGAGGAACUACGCUAUUACACAUGCUAUGCACCUCCAGAAGCGGCUCCUCCGGCAGGCAGCCUACAUCAUGGUGGUGGGUUGGAUCUUUGCUAUCACCAUGGCAGUGCUGCCAUUAGCUGGAGUUUCUGACUACCGCAAGUUUGCUGUCUGUCUUCCCUUUGAAACUGAUGGCGCUGGUCUUGGUUAUGUUGUCUUCCUUAUGUUCAUCAAUGGCGUGGCAUUCCUCAUCCUUAUGGGAUGCUAUUUCAAGAUCUACUGUGCAAUUCGUGGCUCACAAGCCUGGAAUAGUAAUGAUUCACGCAUCGCCAAGCGUAUGGCACUUCUCGUCUUCACAGAUUUCAUCUGCUGGGCGCCAAUUGCUUUUUUCUCUCUGACUGCUGCCUUCAACAUACAUCUGAUCUCUCUUGAGGAAGCCAAGGUGUUCACUGUGUUCAUCUUGCCUCUGAACUCUUGUUGCAAUCCUUUCCUUUAUGCCCUCCUCACAAAACAAUUUAAGAAAGAUUGUGUCAUGUUGUGCAAAACGAUCGAGGAGUCACGGGUAACUCGAGGCAUUGGCCGCUGUCGCCACUCGUCCAACUUCAGCAACCGGCAGACUCCUGCCAACACAAACAGUGCCGUAGAUCACACCUCGCAAGGAGACAAGCAGUCUUGCAGCUGCAAAGGUAAACAAGAGAAAAAGAAGAAGCGCCCAAGGUGGACUUUCACUUCACUUAAAUACUUGUUAUGUACCAAGGGAGCAGAAGAAAUAAUGUCUUCAAGUGACACGAGCUACCAAACAGACCCCACCAAACACCGAGGGCCUCGACACACUCUCUCCAGUGACACGUACAGUGGUUCUUGGUCAGACACUUGGCGAAAAGGGCGUGGUGCCACCACGCUCAGGAUGAUGGAUCGUCGCCGCCACAACUCGUGGUCAGCCUCCAACAAGCCUUCACAAGAGAGCAGCUUAUCAUCUCGACCAGACUCCUCGGCUACAUCUGCCACCUCAGCCACUUCUGCAGCAACAGCCACCUGGCGCAUAUCUCGCUCUUCAGUAUCAUCAGACACAUCAAACAGUAGUGGCAGGAUAAAAAACAAUGAUGCUGUAGUACCUUCUCGAAUUGGAUCCCUAAGGAGAGGAGAAGGACGUGGAUUUGGACUAGCUCGUCAACAUAGCCAGGGUCAGCUUGUCAAAGAGAUGCCAACGACCAAGCCACCGCCAAAUGGCCGCCCUAAACCUCGUUUGCAGCGCCAGGGAGCUGUAGAAAGGGAAGCCUAUACUCCAGGUAAAGAGAGUAGUGGUCUGGAAAGCCCUCCAUGUCCCCUUCAUCUGCGGCCAGAUCACUUGUCAUGUGUUUAUGAACAGAGCCAUGAAGAUGACAAUACGAUGGCUGGUAACAGUCCCAUUGGUGGACUUCAGGCCCAGCCAACACUUUUUCUAAGUCCAUAUAGUCUAGACAGUCCCAUGGAUGACAACGUCUUUACAGAUCCUCCCGAAGAACAAGCUCAAGCUUCCCUUAAAUCUUCUCCCUCCCAUGGGCAGAAAGGUCAAAGCCCUACACCUCCAGACGAAGUUAUUGCCCUUGCAGUGACUGAGACAACAGCUUUCAUGGCGGAAGGUUCCACUGAUGCUGAAACAGAAACUUCAAAGGAAACUCAGCCUAGCAAAGUACUGGAAACUCAUUUUCCACUAGACGUCACUUUACCAGAGUCACGACCGCUAAUCUAGUGCCCUCCACAGUGGACAAAUUUGAGCCUUUCCCUCCAGUGAAACUUUGGGAUCCAGGGCCCUAAUGGCUGCCUGGAAUACUACCUCCAUUCCCCACAGUCACUCUCAGUGCCAUGAUUCCAGUCACCUGGAAUAUUCCCAGAGAACACUCUUCCAGUCAUGGCAUCGGCAGCUUUGAAUACUUUUCACAUUUCAAAUCAUGACUGGUUGCUUUGAAUACUCCCCAUAGUUACUUUUACAAUAAUGACUGUGUCUGCCGGGAACACUUGCCAUUCUUCCAGUUAUGACUGCUAUUACUAAAGUCUCUGGCAACUUGGAACACCACUUCUCAAUUCUAUCAUUUCCAGCUGAUGCUGUUUUUUAUUUCCUGGAACACUCAUAACAGUAACAUUUACAAUCUCGCCAUCUUUUUUUUCCAUUAAAGUACGGGCACUCUUUGUAAAUUGAACAAGGCUGUUUGCAACAGGCAACAUCCAUGACAGUUUCAGGGCCCCAGGCUCCAAAGUAGUUUCAGGCCCCAAUAUAUAUAACAAGUUCAUGUCUCUAACAUUCAAAAUAGUUUCAGGGCCCUAAGAACCAUAACAGUUUCAUGUCCCUAAAAAUCAUAAUAACAGUUUCAGGGACCUCUAACUUUGUACUCUUGAAAUAUUCAGUGUAAGUCUUUUUUUUUAAAUCACACACACAUCUAUCAUUUGCCUUGCCAGAGCUCCUGUGUUCCUGAGCAAGAAUGCACGAUAUCUUCCUCUUAAUGCCUGGGAAUGUAGAGUGCUGGGGUGCCACAAUAUGCCAGCUCUGCUUGUACUUCCAGUACCUAGCAUUCUAGAGUCAUAGAGUGUCACAAGCUGCCAGCUUCACAGAUCCUUCCAGCACCUGGGGGUUCUAGAACCCUGGAGUGCCACAAGUUGCCAGUUCUCCGGGUCCUUCCAGCGCCUUGAUUCUAGAGUCAUGGAGAGCCACGAGUUGCCACAUCUGUAGGUCGUUCCAGUCACAAAAUGAGUAGCGUCUGCUGGAGCAAGCACGGCAAUGCCCUCAAUCAAGCCAAAGAACUAUAGUGUAAGCAAUGUAUGCGGUAGUUAUUUAUAUACUCAGUGUAUGACAGUUUUUUGAGCAUUUAACGAGCAUUUUAAAAAAAGAGAAAACUAAUAAAUUAUUUACAUUU